GAGGACAGAUGCCAGGUGCUUUAAGGAAAGUGACUUUGCCUUUAUUUGCUUUAGCGGUGUGCGAACACGACCAUAGAGCACAGUAUGGAAACUCCCUUAAGGUCCUGGCCUAAAUUACCAGCUUCUUUACUCAGUUUUCAGGUAGAGGUUCUAGUACUCAUUUCGUCCGCUUAGUCUUCUAGGCGUGUGGCUCAUAUCAGCUCAGCGGUGCUAUUUGAGUGUCAUCUGUUGCCACCCAUUGAUGUCAAGAUGACCAAGCUGGGAUUUUUACGGUUGUCCUAUGAGAAGCAGGACACACUUCUGAAGCUUCUAAUUCUGUCAAUGGCUGCUGUGUUAUCAUUCUCCACUCGUCUCUUUGCUGUCCUGAGAUUUGAAAGUGUCAUCCAUGAAUUUGAUCCGUACUUUAAUUAUCGGACUACCCGGUUCCUGGCUGAGGAGGGAUUUUAUAAAUUCCAUAACUGGUUUGAUGACCGGGCCUGGUACCCUUUGGGACGAAUCAUUGGAGGAACAAUUUACCCAGGCUUAAUGAUCACCUCUGCUGCAAUCUACCAUGUCCUCCAUUUUUUCCACAUCACCAUCGACAUUCGGAAUGUCUGUGUGUUCCUGGCCCCUCUCUUCUCUUCCUUCACCACCAUCGUCACGUACCACCUUACCAAAGAACUCAAGGAUGCAGGAGCUGGACUUCUUGCUGCAGCCAUGAUUGCUGUAGUUCCUGGCUAUAUCUCCCGAUCUGUAGCUGGCUCCUAUGAUAAUGAAGGGAUUGCCAUCUUCUGCAUGCUACUCACCUACUACAUGUGGAUCAAAGCAGUAAAGACUGGUUCCAUCUAUUGGGCAGCCAAGUGUGCCCUUGCUUAUUUCUACAUGGUCUCUUCAUGGGGAGGUUAUGUGUUCUUGAUCAACUUGAUCCCGCUUCAUGUACUGGUGCUGAUGCUCACAGGACGUUUCUCCCACCGGAUCUAUGUGGCCUACUGUACUGUUUACUGCCUGGGCACCAUCCUUUCCAUGCAGAUCUCCUUUGUGGGUUUCCAGCCGGUCCUUUCAUCAGAGCACAUGGCAGCCUUUGGGGUCUUUGGUCUCUGCCAGAUCCAUGCCUUUGUGGAUUAUCUACGCAGCAAGUUGAAUCCACAGCAAUUUGAAGUUCUUUUCCGAAGUGUCAUCUCCCUGGUAGGCUUUGUCCUUCUCACCGUGGGAGCUCUCCUCAUGCUGACAGGAAAAAUAUCUCCCUGGACAGGCCGUUUCUACUCACUGCUAGAUCCUUCUUAUGCCAAGAACAACAUCCCCAUCAUCGCCUCUGUGUCUGAGCAUCAGCCUACGACCUGGUCUUCGUACUAUUUCGACCUGCAGCUUCUCGUCUUCAUGUUUCCAGUUGGUCUUUAUUACUGCUUUAGCAACCUGUCUGAUGCCCGGAUUUUCAUCAUCAUGUAUGGUGUGACCAGCAUGUACUUUUCAGCUGUGAUGGUGCGUCUGAUGCUAGUGUUGGCGCCUGUUAUGUGCAUUCUUUCUGGCAUUGGAGUCUCUCAGGUGCUGUCCACUUAUAUGAAGAAUUUGGACAUAAGUAGACCAGACAAGAAGAACAAGAAACAACAGGAUUCUACCUACCCUAUUAAGAAUGAAGUGGCAAGUGGCAUGAUACUCGUCAUGGCUUUCUUUCUCAUCACCUAUACCUUUCAUUCAACCUGGGUGACCAGCGAGGCCUACUCUUCUCCGUCCAUUGUGCUGUCUGCUCGUGGUGGGGAUGGUAGUAGGAUCAUUUUUGAUGACUUCCGAGAAGCGUACUAUUGGCUUCGUCACAAUACUCCAGAGGAUGCGAAGGUCAUGUCAUGGUGGGAUUAUGGCUACCAGAUUACAGCUAUGGCGAAUCGGACUAUUUUAGUGGAUAACAACACAUGGAAUAAUACCCAUAUUUCUCGAGUAGGGCAGGCAAUGGCAUCCACAGAAGAAAAAGCCUAUGAGAUCAUGAGGGAGCUUGAUGUUAGCUAUGUGCUGGUCAUUUUUGGAGGCCUUACUGGGUAUUCCUCUGAUGACAUCAACAAAUUUCUGUGGAUGGUCCGGAUUGGAGGGAGCACAGAUACAGGCAAACAUAUCAAGGAACAUGAUUAUUAUACUCCAACUGGGGAAUUCCGUGUGGACCGUGAGGGUUCUCCAGUGCUGCUCAAUUGCCUCAUGUACAAGAUGUGUUACUACCGCUUUGGACAAGUCUACACAGAAGCCAAGCGUCCACUAGGCUAUGACCGUGUUCGGAAUGCUGAGAUUGGGAAUAAAGACUUUGAGCUUGAUGUCCUGGAGGAAGCAUAUACCACAGAACAUUGGCUGGUCAGGAUAUACAAGGUGAAGGACCUGGAUAAUCGUGGCUUGUCAAGGACAUAAAUGUUAACGUCCGUUCGGCUCUGAUCUGCUUCGCACUGAGUGUGUCACAUUUAGGGCGCUGAAGAUGGUUUAAAAAUAUGCAGUUUAUAAGAACAGAGCACGACGAGAUUAGAAUUGUCUGGAGGUUUUGUCCUGGGCAGUAUGGGCUGAGCCAAAUGGAAUGAUCUUUAUAAUUCUGAGCAGGUUACCAAAUGAAAUGUCAUGGCUUUACUUUGGUCAAUUAAAGGGGGGAAUUUUUUUAAAAAUGUGCCUUAUUUGUUUUGACUUAUGACUGAUUUGAGGAAGCCUAAAGUUUAUGCUGGGCUGAUAGAAGGACAGAAAACAGACCUCAUCUGUGCUCUUGGCUCCCUAAAUGAGCCAUAUAGGGGCAUUCUGUCUUUCUCUCUCAAAUCAGGAGAACUAUCAAGGACUAGCUCAGAUCCUACAUAUACAAACAGUUUUGUCAUUUCAAAAACUGCAGUACCUAGCACAAUGCCUUGCACAUAGUGGGUGCUCAGUAAGCUUUUACUGAAUGAAUAAAAGUUUGUGGGACCAGAGGAGUGCCGUUUCUGGGCAGGAAAGGUAGCUGCAUUGCCAUCAUGUCUCUGUUCUCAACAUCUCUUGUCCUUAGAGGCUCUUUGACUACAAGGGACAGAAGGUGGCUAGCCAGACCUGAUCUCACCAGUUUCUUUGGGACUAGCUAGGUGUUUUUGUUUUUAUGCAGGAGUAAAUCCAGUGAUACUAAAUCAGUAGUUUUGAAGACUUAAGGCAAACAGUGAAAUUAUUCUCGAUGGAGAGGACGAAACUCCUCCAACAUCGUGUAUAGAACUUGAUGGUCAGUAGGUGUUUUUGAAUUAGCUGAUUUGUAACCAUACGUAUCUAUCUGAAAUCUAGCUUUUCAGUACUCUCACUUGUCCUUUAGCAAUUUCCUUUAGCUCAUGCACUAAAACUGUUGUGAAUAUUUAAAGGUGAGCUUCUCUCUCCCUUAGUCUCAGCCUCUGUUAUUAUAUAUCACUAACAAGCUCCAUGAUCUGGUUCUGAAGCCCUUGCCAAAUUAGCUACAAAAAGCACAGGAGUUCCAUCUAUAUUUAAUGUCAGGACAAACAGCCUUAUGUUCAGUUACAAUAGGGUAUUUUAUGUAUUUUAAGACAUAUGUCAGUGAUGUGUAUAAACCCUUAGUUAUUAAAAAAAAAAUACAAGGUAACUCUUUACUGUUACCUGUUUAAGAAACAGGAGCAAUGACGUGACUUUCAGAUAAGUCAAAAUGGUGCUCCUAAAGGUAUGCUCGGGUCUACCUGUGUACCCAGGAAGCAGCCUUCCAAACCAGUUUUAUGUACCACGUGCUUCAACUGUGGGUGAGAUUUAGAUCUGAUGUAAGAUUUGAUUUACUAUAUGUAAAUACAUGACUUGAUUUAUAUACAGAAUUCCUCCCUAGUGGAAGAGGUUAUUCAGACGUGGGUUUUUUGUUUGUUUUUUUAACCAAUAUGAGUAAUACCAGUUAGAGAUCAUUAGUGAUUUACCUCUGUAGGAAUGGGAUAACCCUUUAUCACCGUACUUGUUACUCUUAUGAUUUUAAUUUUGUUACUUUCUAGGCUACAUGAAGCUAUAUUUUUUAAAAAUUUACUUCUAAUUUCCAUCGUUACAGUGCACUUCUAAUUUCCAUCGUUACAGUAAAAGAAAAUCAAAUAAUUCUAAAAAGCAACAACGCUGUUUUCCACACCCCCCCCCGAGGUACCCACUUUCAACUCAGCUGAUUCUCAUAUUACUUACCUCCAUAUCAUUAAAUGACUUGCUUUAUUUUGCUAUGUGUUGGUUUUUCACUUUUAGGUAUCAUCUGUUGACUUUCUGGUGUGGAAAUUGAGGAUUUGGUUCUUUUUCACCAUCCUUCUCUUCCCAUGGACACACAUAUUCUUACCAUCUCAAGGCUCUAUUAUAGUUAUGGUUUAGGUUAACUCAGUAGUUUUUACCUUAAGGCUUUUCACAACUAGGCCAUGUGGUAUAUAUAAUGUUACUACUUUUUUUUUCUGCAUAACAUUUUUGAAGGGAGUUUUUUCACUUGUGUUUUGUACUCGUCACUGAUUUCUCCCCAGACUCACCUUCAUUUGUGCCAGCUUCCUUUUAGUAUGUUCAACUCAUUAGGUAUUCAUUCUUAGAGAUGUCGUCUGUUUUGGUAUAUUCCAGUUUGGAUUGGUUUACUCUCUAGGUUUGCUACACACCUCUUGGGUUGGUGUAUCCUUUCACUGUUAUAUUGUGUGUUAAUCCCCUGACUUCUUUCUUGAUUUAUCACCACUACCUUCCUAAGAAAGUGUGUGGGAGAUAAAUUUCUUGAGGUCUUGAGUGUCUGUCAUCACACGAUUCAUAGGUUGCCUAGGUGUAGAGUUCCAGGUUGGGAUUAACUUUUCCUUAGAAUUAUUUUUGAAGGCAUUGGCCCAUUGUUUUCUGUCUUCUAAAUGCUGAGAAAUGCAAUGAUAUUCUGAUUCUUAUUUUUUUUGUAUGUGUCCAUUCCCUCUCACUCCCUCCCCAGACCUCUUAGUAUCUUCUCUUUGUACAAUUUUGAAAUUUUCCCAAUGAUGUGUUCAGAAGCUGGGUACUUUAACCUUGGAAAAGUAAAGUAUGGAAAGUAUGGGAAAAGUAUGGAAGGUCAAGUUCUUUUGUCUGGGAAAUUUUCUUGAGUCAUUUGUGGAUUCCCCCGACUCCCUUUCUUGUUGUGAAAAAUAAGUUACUUGGAUUUUGGACUUCCUAGAUUAGUCUCCCAAUAUUCUUAUAUUUAAUCCUCUGUUUCCCAUCUUUAUUCUUCCUUCUGGAGAUUUCCUAAACUUUUUGUUCCUAACCUAUUUUGUUUACUUUUUUCUACUAUCAUGUAUUUUUUUUAAUAUCCAAGAGCUUUUUGUUUGAAUAUUCCUUUGUUUGGACAUCUUUCAUAUUAAAGGCCUUUUCAAAGUCUUGCUUGUUUGCUCUUAUUAAAGAGUGGGACCCUAAAAAGAUGACUGGAAGGUCUGUUUGGUUUGGGGUGGGGCUUAUUGAAUGUGGGCUUCAUUCUCCUGUGAUCUGGCUGCAUUGUUACAUUAUGAAAUCCCUGAUAUUGGUAUCUUUAGAUCUUUUCUUCUAUAUAGGUAAGAUUCCCUUGAGAAGGCUUUUAUGUCCUCUGAAGGAUACAAGCCAGGCUGCCAGAUUUCUGGGAGUAAAGUGAGGAAAGAAGGCUCACAGGUUCAACCUUCAGUGCAUAAACUUAAUCCUUUUGGUUUCAGUUAGGUACCUAACCCUUAACUGUGCCUGAUGCUAUCCAGUUCAGAUAACCAUGUAUUUACCCUCUCAAGUCUAGUACCAGCUUCGGGGAGGGGCAGUUCCUUGUAUACACAGAGGAGGGAGAGGACCCAAGGGUCUAUUCGCUUCAUACAUAGUCUUUCACCCUCUUUUAGCCCCACCUUCACCUCAUUCAGUACCUGUUGUCACUAAUUCAACUUGAGCCUUUAGGGAGUUCUAUGAUGUAAACCAAAUUGCUUUUCUGCUUUCCCAUUGCUGGCUUUAGGAUUCAUCUUUCUUUCGUCUAAAUUACCAUUCAUCUAAAGACUUUCCACUUUGCAAAAAUUUUGUUUUUCAUGUUCUGUGUUUGUGGGUUAUUGCCUUUUAAACAUUUACUAUUUUAAAAUAGUAAAUUUAAUAUUUCAUUAUUAAGUUAAUUUAUUUUAAUAUUUACUCUUAAAAUUUACUAUUUUAGUAAGGUUUCAGAAGGGAACAGGUUUUUGUGAGCAUCUAUUCUUUAACUGAUACUCUGCCUGAGAUGUGUAUGCCUUAUUUUUUUCAGGCUAAGAUACCUUUAUUCUAUCUAGACACAAAGGAACUGUGCCGGUCUGGUCCUCCUCUUCCUUUCUUCAUAUUCUUUGUUUGCAGCAUGCAGUGCAGAAACUAGAGAAAAUGGAGUAAACGAUCUGGAAAACUUACUUUAUUACACGAAACCUAAACAGUGAUGUCACGGUUAAAAACUUCUCACA